GUAACACCGUGCUUCGUUCUUUUACUCGACCUCAGACUUCUCUGCUCGACACAGUCCCGCGCGACCUUCGCUCGCCUCCCUCACUAUGGCUCCCGGUCAAAGUCGGAGUGUCUUUGUGGGCAACAUUCCCUUCAACUUGAGUGAGGAAAACAUCGUCAAGAUCCUUAGUUAUGCGGGCACCGUCGUCAAAUUCCGGCUGAUGACCAAUCCCGACACUGGCAAAUCCAAGGGUUUCGGUUUCGCAGAUUUUCAAGACGCAGACUCGGCAGCCAAUGCUGUGAGGAAUCUGAACGACUUCGAGAUCGACGGGCGCAAGAUUCGCGUGGACUGGCCUCACAACAACGAGAAAGACUCAGUGCCGACGAACUAUGACCAGACAUCUGCGCCAGUAGCAGACGGAUUCCCACCUCCAGCGCCGAAUGCCUUACCUCCACUACCAUCUGGUGUUGACGUACCUCCCAACCUCAGAGCCACGGACGCGAUAUCACAAACCCUCUCUACCCUCCCUCCACCUCAACUGCUUGACGUUCUCACACAGAUGAAGGCCUUAGCAAUAUCGGACCCUGCAAGAGCAACAUCACUUCUCAAAACCGCCCCGCAAUUGUCUUUCGCAAUAUUUCAAGCCCUGAUCCUGAUGAACUUGGUUGAUCCAAAAGUGCUGGCACAAGUCGUGGAACAAGCCGCAAGACCGCCUCAACCAGCUGCUGUCCUUCCCCCACAGCCCACGCCCCAACAGUACUCUGCACCUAUGGUGCCUGGCCAGAUGCCUCCUCGACCACCUCAGCAGUAUCCACCUCCGCCAGCGCAACAACAGCCACCCCCACAAGCACAACCUCAAAUAUCUCAGCAGGAAAUGAUUCAGCAGAUCCUAGCUAUGGAUCAGCGAACGAUCGACUCCUUCUCACCUAAUGAAAGGGCACAAAUCAUGCAGAUCAGGGCGCAAAUGGGUGUCAGAUGAGACAGGAAGUCGUAAACACGCCGGAUAGUGUCUCUACUCACAUCUGCCAGCGCACACCAAUGGAGCAAAGGCAGCGCCAAAUCAGAACUUGAGAACUGUACUAUACUGCACGCGGCACUACGAAUUCUGGCCAUCUUGCUAGAGACGGAGGUAGAGUCUUACACAGUCAGGCCACGGACGACGCAGUAUGACCCGUUCCCAGCUAUCUUGAUAGACUUCAAGGCUUACCCUCGCGGACGAAGUAAACCGCGCCUCCUAUUGCAACUUGAGCUGUGAGAUUUCCAGCUUCAAACCCAGAGAGCAAGCUCUCUCGGUUACCAACGUCCUUUACGCUCCUCGAGCCAUCGGAGCCGAGAGGCUCAGGAGCUGGCGAGGGGAUCUUCGAGGAUAUUACGAUUAACCUCCCUAGCGAUGGGUAUCUAGUGAGAAGCGUCGAGGUCUCUGCUAAUGCAACUUGGCCAUGAGACUCGUAGAUAACGAGGUUCUCCUCAAUCUCAAUGCAAAUCACCUAUCUUCAAGUAA